GGAAUUUUUGCCUGAAGCAAGGGAUGUUUCCUCCUCCUAAGACAAGCAGCAGCCUGCAGUCAGAGAGGAGCAGGGUCUGAAUGGAGUCUCUACCAUGAGCAGCAGAUCACAGCAACACCGUCAAGAAUUCGUGUUGUCAGAUUUUAGAGAAAUUCAAACCUACGUCUCCUGUGGUAUUACUGCAUCCUGAAUGGGAAUUGCCCACUAACAUUUGCUGACUGCUACACUGCCGUAUGCUCUUCAUUGCCAACUUACUGAGGAUCAAGUGUGUUUUGAGACCAAAGAGUGAAAAGGCUGCAGCUUGUGGACCAAGUGGUGCAGAUGUGAGCAGCAAGCAGCAAAGGCUAAAGACGAGUAGGUGACUGGAGCACAUGUGAUGUGUCAAAAGGGACCUUCUUUAAUUGCUUAACCCUCAGACACAAUGUUCCGCAAGAAGAAGAAGAAACGCCCUGAGAUUUCUGCUCCACAGAACUUUGAGCACCGUGUGCACACAUCAUUUGAUCCUAAGGAGGGGAAAUUUAUUGGCCUGCCCCCUCAAUGGCAGAAUAUCCUAGAUACCCUGAAACGGCCCAAACCAGUUGUGGACCCAUCAAGGAUCACCCGAGUGCAGCUUCAGCCUAUGAAGACUGUUGUCAGAGCCAGCACAUUUGAAGUGGAAGGGUACAUCUCUGGGAUCCUGAAUGACAUCCAGAAGCUUUCCCUCAUCAGUUCUAAUACCCUGAGGGGGAAGAGCCCCACAAGCAGGAGAAGAGCCCAGUCACUGGGACUUCUGGGAGAAGAUGAGCCCACUGAAGUGGACUGGGCCGACAAAUAUGGAAACUACCUCAACUGCAAUGGUGGCAGCAAAUCAACUCGAAGGCAGACCUUGUGGCCAGAUUAUAAACCCAUGUUGGAUGAUGAAGUUUACUCCAAUGGCCUAGUAAUGAAAGCACAGUCCCUGGGGCCUUCGGAAUUCCAAGGUGCAAACAGCCGCUUUGUCCCAUUUGCAUCAGGUUUUCAUCACCAGCAAUACAUCCCGGUUCUUGAGGUAAACAGAGAAAAUGCUGGAAAGAGAAGGAGCUCUGAAGAGCGCUAUCCUCAAACUUGCCAAGGUGGGCAAAGUAGUACAAGGCCUCCUGGGGAAGGUAGUCCUAGCUCCAAAUCAAGGGACAACAGCUUGAAACGACGGUUGUUACGAAGUGUAUUCCCCUCAUCCAGCACUUCAAACAAAGCAGGAAGCAGCCAACAGACAAAGGCUAAUCCCUUCUUCAGGCCACCACAGCACUGGGGUUCACCCCACAGCCCAGCAGCCAAAGCCCAGUCCCUUCCCUCUGACCAGCCAGUGCCUGAUUAUGCCAGGAUUUCAGAAGCUGGCACCCCUCAGAAAUCUCCAGCAGCUGAGAAGACAACAGCUUUGCCCCCAGGCAGACCUUCGCCAGCAGGUUCCCCCCGGAACAGACACGCGCAAACCAGCUCCAGCAACCUUCACCUUCCUUUGGAUUCUAAAGCACAGCCAGACAAUGAGGACCCAGCUGUCGUGACUCACGAGCAGUUCAAAGCUGCCCUGAGGAUGGUGGUGGACCAAGGUGAUCCCAGGACGAUGCUGGAAAACUAUGUGAAGAUUGGGGAGGGGUCGACUGGCAUUGUCUGCAUUGCUCGUGAAAAGCAUUCUGGGCGGCAGGUGGCCGUGAAGAUGAUGGACCUGCGCAAGCAGCAGCGACGAGAGCUCCUUUUUAAUGAGGUGGUGAUAAUGAGAGAUUACCAGCAUGUCAAUGUGGUAGAGAUGUACAAAAGCUAUCUGGUGGGCGAUGAGCUCUGGGUGCUGAUGGAAUUCCUCCAGGGAGGAGCCCUCACAGACAUUCUGUCACAGAUCAGACUGAAUGAAGAGCAAAUUGCUACAGUGUGUGAGUCAGUGCUGCAGGCGCUUGCCUACCUGCAUUCCCAAGGUGUGAUUCACAGAGACAUCAAGAGUGAUUCUAUCCUCCUGACCCUUGAUGGAAGGGUGAAACUCUCUGAUUUUGGCUUCUGUGCUCAAAUCAGUAAGGAUGUACCAAAAAGGAAGUCCUUAGUAGGAACACCUUAUUGGAUGGCUCCUGAGGUUAUUUCAAGGUCUCCAUAUACCACAGAGGUAGAUAUCUGGUCUUUGGGGAUCAUGGUGAUAGAGAUGGUGGAUGGAGAACCCCCCUAUUUCAGUGACUCUCCAGUCCAAGCAAUGAAGAGGCUUCGAGACAGCCCUCCUCCCAAAAUAAAGAAUUCUCAUAAGACCUCCCCAGUUUUAAGGGACUUCUUGGAACGGAUGCUAACACGAGAUCCUUUAGAGCGGGCAACAGCACAAGAACUUCUGGAUCACCCCUUUUUGCUCCAGACUGGCCUUCCAGAGUGCCUGGUGCCCCUCAUUCAGCGGUAUAGGAAGCAGACCUCCCCCUGCUGACCCUGAGCUUAAAGAAUACCGAGUAUUUUAGGAACUUCUUUCUGGAAAUACUAAGUGGAUUUGGACAGGAACAGGGUAAUUUAGCCCUGUGAAUGCUACAUGCCCAGUGUUCUUUUCAAGAUGUGAAUGUGAGAGGGAAUUUUCACCACCUUUGGCUGCUUUUUAAUGUUUACUUUUUUGCUAAAGACAAUCAAAAUCUGAAUUCACACAAAUCCUAAUGGUAAAUAUAGAUAUUAUGAAGUUUCAGGAGUGUUCACAUUUCAUUAGAACAUAUAUCUUUUGUAAAAUAAUCUGUACAACAUGAAUUGUAUAUAUCUGCAAACAUCCCGGAAUGAUGGCUUCGAACUACGAACCAGAUUCCUCACAUAAAAAUAUGGAUUUUUGCUGUUUUAUACUGAUGACAAAGGCCAGUGUCCCCGAUUUACGUGAAUCCCAAUCAGGGGUAUUUAGUCCCGUUAGAUAUGAAUCUUCUACCACUUUUCCUUGCAAACGAUGUUUUCCAGUGCUUUUAAAGUUCAAUCUGCAAGGAUAAAUAAUGUUGGAUCUAUGGCUUUUCAAAAGGUAAGAGUAAUUUGUUAUUAUAUAUCUGGAAUGUGGCACUCCACGGCAGAUUCUUAUCCAGAGACUCUGGAAACUUAUGCUUGAAACUUCAGAACAAGUAAACAUAGUGCCUUCCUUAGCAAUGAUAGAUCUGGAAGGCAAUGCAAGGAUUCUCCAAAUAAGAACUUCAGUUUGUUAGUAUCAGGGCUUUUCUAAGUACACUGGAUAUGUCAAGGGACACAGCUCUAAGGCAGCUACUAGAUGGUGUUUUUGAGUUCUGUAGCAAGGUUUAUUCCAUUGAAAGAUGUUUGUUUUGCUGGUGAGAAUGUUUAGUCUCUACCUCCCAUGUUUCUAAGAGCAGGGGAAUGCAUGGAACAGAGAGUAAUGUAUGCUCAUGGUUCUAUACACUCCUUGAUGUAGUUGGACCACUUUUAAUAUUCUUUUCUAAAACCAAUGCAGAAAUUUUGUAUGGCAAGUCUUAUCAGCAUAAAGUCAAGGUCUCUUGACACUUAGUUUAGAUUGUACGAUGUGCAUUACUGUGGGGAGAGUAAUUACAACAUUUUUGCAAUCUAGUCUUGUGAAAUCAAUGUUUUGCAAUUGGACUACAAGAGUUAAAGAAAGAACAGAGGGUGGGAUGGGGUCAAGCUUCAUUUUUACUGCCACAAAAAUUGCCUUCACAUAUAGUAAGCUAACACAAUUGUAGAAAUGACAACGGGGCAGAAGGAGUCUUGAGAACUGAGGGAAAUGUUAAAUAUUUCCAUACGUUCUAAAAUUCUGUACAAAAAAGGCAGUUUUUUAAAUCUAAUAAUCCCAAAAUGGUUACUCAAUUUGUGAGUUGUUGGCAUUUGUUGUUUUAAAUUAAAAUGGAUUUUUGAUUAUUCAUAA